AUGGAGAACCAAGCCCAUAACACAGUGGGAACUUCUCCUUGUGAGGCCGAGCUUCAGGAAUUAAUGGAACAGAUUGACAUCAUGGUAAACAACAAAAAACUGGACUGGGAAAGGAAGAUGCGGGCUUUGGAAACAAGAUUAGAUCUACGGGAUCAGGAGUUGGCAAAUGCACAAACUUGUCUGGAUCAGAAGGGUCAAGAGGUGGGAUUACUUAGACAGAAGUUGGACAGUCUGGAAAAAUGUAACUUAGCAAUGACUCAGAAUUAUGAAGGACAACUACAAACCCUAAAAAUUCAAUUUUCCAAACUAACUAAUAGCUUUGAAAAACUGAGAUUACACCAGAUGAAACAAAACAAAUUUCAGCGAAAAGAGUUACCACACCUAAAAGAAGAAAUACCCUUUGAACCGAGCAAUCUGAACCAGAAACUAGAGGAAUUUAGAGCAAAGUCCAGAGAAUGGGACAAGCAAGAGAUACUAUAUCAGACUCAUCUGGUUUCUUUAGAUGCUCAACAAAAAGUAUUGUCUGAGAAGUGUAAUCAAUUUCAGAAACAGGCACAGAAUUACCAAACUCAGCUAAUUGGUAGAAAACAGUGCAUGGAAGAAGACAGCAGCUCUGCCAUUCCUCAGCUGAUAUGUGAAUUAGAUCCUAGUUGUGAAACCAGUGAGAGAGAUGAGUUCAUUAUUGAAAAACUAAAAUCAGCUGUGAGUGAAAUGGCAUUAAGCCGGAAUAAGUUACAAGAUGAAAAUCAGAAGCUCUUACAGGAACUGAAAAUGUACCAAAGACAGUGCCAGGCCAUGGAAGCAGGACUCUCAGAGGUGAAAAGUGAGUUACAGUCACGUGAUGAUCUCUUGAGAAUUAUAGAAAUGGAACGAUUGCAGUUGCACAGAGAAUUAUUAAAAAUAGGAGAAUACCAAAAUGCUCAAGAAAAUAAAAAAAGAUUUGAAUCAUCUUAUUCGCCUUGUGUUAAAGAACCAGAAAGGAAAAAGCAAGAGCUGUUUUCAGUGACCCCAGAUCAACCAAAUCAUGAAAAAGAAUUGAAUAAGAUAAGAAGCCACCUCUGUGAGGAGGAAGAGGACCACAGCUCUGCACAGGAAAGAAUGAGGAAUGAAAUCUCUGACCUCACAGAGGAGCUUCAUCAGAAGGAGAUCACUAUAGCAACAAUCAUGAGGAGAGCUGCCCUUUUGGAGAGACAGUUAAAAAUGGAGUUAGAAAUAAAAGAAAAAAUGUUAGCAAAACAUCAGGUCUCAGAUAUAAGAUAUAAAGCUGUCAGAGCUGAAAAUGCACACCUAAAAGGAAUGAUGGGAGAUUUAGACCCUGGACGGUACAUGAUAAGUGAAGUCACUGAUAUUAAGAGUAUGGACUGCACUAACAGGGAACACUCAAGGCACACAUCUGUUAACAAAUUGGAGUAUGAAAAUGAAAGGCUCCGAAAUGAUCUUGCAAAACUUCAUGCCAAUGGGAAAUCAGCAUGGGAUAAUCACAAGACCUACGAGGAACCGGGACAACUCAGCCAAGACUGUGAGCCAAGUGGGAGCGCAACAUCUCCAUUGCCACCUUUGUCACUUCAAAUGAAAGAAAUGACAAGCCCUCUGGUUAGUGAUGAAGAAGUAUUCCCACUGUCUCCCCCAGAUAUGUCCUUCCCAGCGUCCUUGGCUGCACAGCAUUUCCUUCUGGAGGAAGAGAGGCGCGCAAAAGAACUUGAGAAACUUCUAAACACGCAUAUUGAUGAACUGCAAAGACAUACAGAAUUUACUCUUAAUAAAUACACCAAGCUAAAACAAAAUAGGCACAUAUGA